AUGCCGAAGAAAGACAACAAGAAAGACAAGAAAGGAGGCAAGCCGGAACCUGAGAAACAGAAAGAGGAGGUAAAGACAGGGAAGGAUGACAGAAAGAAGGGAGGAAAGGAGGACAAGAAAGGAGGGAAGAAAGGCAAGGAGGAGCCUCCCACAAAAGGACAAAAGGAGGACAAGAAAGGAAAAGAUAAAGGGAAGGCAAAGAAGGAGGAGUCAGAAGAGGAGUUCCUGAGUGAGGAAGAGGAGGAGGAGGAAGAAGAGGAAAACUCUGAUGAUGAUAGAGGGAGGGGUCGAGGGGGUAAAUCUGCUAAGGGGAAGUCCCAUGGUCGCCGUGGGGACGAAGAUGAAGAAUACGAAGAAGAAGAAGACGAGGAGGACGAGGACGACAGGGAGCGAAAGAAGAAGUCCAAAGAUGGCCGUCAUCAUAAAGACAAAGGAGGGAAGGGAGAAGAGAAAAACAAGAAGAAAGAGAAGAGGAAGAAGGAGGUGCCUCCACAGCCUCCGGUUAAAGAGCUCCCUAAGAAGGGUCUGAAAAACGUGUCCAGGAUGUUCCUGAGGUUUUCAGGGGUCCGGAGACGGAGGAACUCCAGGAAGAAGAUGGGAGGAGCCUCCAGACUGUUCAUGGGCCUGGGGAAACGUAUACGCAAAAACCGCGAGAACAAGGUGAAGAAGAAGACGCGCAGGGAGUCAAUACUGAAAAACACAUCUAAGUUCAUGAUACGGUUCAACCACUCCAAGAAGGUCAAGAAGUUGAAGGAGGCGAAGGAGAAGGAGGAGAAGGAUGGUGGGAAAAAGCAGUCCUACAUGUUGAUCAGACUGGGGAGAGGAACAGAAGGACAAGAGAAGAAAGUUGGGUUCUUCAACGGUCUGUUCAGGAAGAAAACGGCCAACGGAGCGCCGGACUUCAAGGCCCAGAGUCAUUUGCUAGGGCAGGUUGCCGGGGCCACCAACUGGCUGACCAAGCGGUUUAUCUCUACCAAGCAUCGUCAGAGUGCCAUGGGGGGACUGGGCUGGGCAGGGGGUGGGCAGAGAUCAGGGUUUGGCCGUCAGGGAGGAGGGGUUCACAGCCGACAGGUCAGCACGAGGGGUCAGCAGGCACAGCGGGAUCGUACCUAUGGGUAUCAGAACGGUGGCUAUCAGCAUGACGACGACGACGGAGAUGAUGUGUACGAGUACACAGAGGGGUACGACCAGCAGGUCAUGGGGGGGUAUGACCCCCGGGGGGUAGCAGGAGCAGGGGGAUAUCAGAGGCGGUCUGUAAAGGCUCAAGGUGGUCAUGGUUACGGUUGUGGUCAUACUGGUUACGAUGAUCAGGAGGACCCCUACGGGCAGCAGCAGGUUUCCGGGGGUCGGGGCGAUCAGGGGUAUUACUAUGACGACACAGGUGAGUACUACGAUGUUCCGUCGCAGGACCUGGGUUAUUACGAGGACGAGCCGGGGCUCUACGAUGACGGUGGUGGUUACUACGAUGACCAGCAGGGUCUCUAUGACGACGAGGGCUGUGAAUACUACGACCCCUACCAACAGCAACAACAACAACAGAGUUACUAUACCGACCAGGUUGCCAUGGGGGGUUACUACGGGCAGCUGCCGAUGGGGAUGUACGGCGAGGAAGGCGGGGCGAUGGAGUACUAUGACCCAAUGGGAGCAGGGCAGGAGUACGAUGAGUAUGGCAAUCUCUAUGACGAGCAGAUGAUUAUGGACCCCCAGUGGGGUCACUACAACAACGGGAUGCAGGGCCAGGGGGGAUUCUAUGACGACGGGAUGGGUGUGUAUGAGGAGAUGAUGAUGGGAGGUAGAGGGGGCGGUGGUCUUUACCAGGACUACCAGCUGCACUACAGCGAAAAGGGACUACCUUUCCCAGACUUCUCCUACAAUGCCUACAACUCCCAGCAGCCAGGAACACAGAUGCCUUAUGGGUAUGACCCCAUGGGGGGAGAGAUCCCCCUGCAGGGGGCUGAGAUGGACUUCAGAGUGCCCAGGCCUCAGGUACGUCUGUUUGGGAAGGAGCGUCUGGACGUCCCCCCGGCACCUUUUCCCCCUCCUCCGCUACCCGGUCACCACGACAACAUCCUAUCGGAGAUACAGUAUGAGGAGCAGGACAUGUCGAUGAUGUCACCACAGCAACAGCUGUUGGCCCAGCAACAGAAUAUGAUGUCGCAGCAGCAACAGAUGAUGGAGCAACAACAGCUGCUGAUGUCACAGCUGACCACACCGCAAGAACAGACGAUGUCACCGCACGGUAUGAUGAUGUCACAGCUGACCACACCGCAAGAACAUACGAUGUCACCGCACGGUAUGAUGAUGUCACCAAAACAGCAGAUGAUGGACGACAUGAUGAUGCAACAGCAACAACAGAUGAUGUCACCACACGAUACGAUGAUGUCACAACAGCAGCCGAUGAUGUCACCACAGCAACAGAUGGACGACAUUAUGAUGCAACAGCAACUACAUAUGAUAUCACGGCAACAAGGCAUGAUGUCCCCACACAAUAUGAUGAUGUCACCACAACAACAAAUGAUGUCAGCACAACAACAAACGAUGGACGACAUUAUGAUGCAACAGCAAUUACAUAUGAUGUCACAGCAACAACAGAUGAUGUCGCCACACGAUAUGAUGUCACCACAACAACAGAUGAUGUCAGAGCGGAUGCCCCAGGCCCCGACGGCCAUGUUGAUAAAGCAGCAUAACGCCCCGAAUGGGAUGGGCGGAGCCAUGAUGGGCGGACCAAUGGGGUACCCCGGAACCCCUCGAGCCCACCCUUCCCCGAUGAUGAUGUCACCCCAGCAGCAGAUGAUAUCCCAGCAUCCCUCCCCCCGGGGCUCACCCCUGCCCACCCGCAGCCUCUCCCCAUCCCCCCAGCCAUCCAUGAGAGGCUUACCUCCCCUCGGCCAGAGACCCUCUGUUCUCCACAGGAGGAUGUCUCCCCCCUCAUCCUUCAUGGCCUCACCCCCGCAUCGACGACUCCAGCCCCAACGACCCCCUUCCCUGGCCCUCUCCCCCCGUCGCCCCCCGUCUCCCCCCAUCUCCCCCCGAGAAUCCAUGAUCCGACGUUCUCCCCCCUCCUCCCCCCGCGGCUCCAUAUGCAGAGUUAUGCCUCCCCCCUCCUCACCCUCUCCCUCCCGUUUGGGGGGAGGAAGUCCUUUUGGAGCGAGGAAAGUCCUCCGCGGCACUCCCUCCCCCUCCUCCCCCCGUCGUCCCUCCCCCCGUCGUGCCUCCCGCCCUGCCUCCCCCCAGGUUAGGACAAGACCAAGGGACUCCAUCCACCUCCCACCCUCCUCCCCCAUCUCAAUGCGAGCCUCCCCAUCUCCCUCCAGACGUAGUUUCUCUCCCGCACCUCGCCCCACCUCCCCCACCCUCUCCCACCACUCCACGCGUCUCCUGCGACAAGGCGAAACCCCUCUGGUGCGCCCACGGUUCGGAGGUCGCGGCCCCGUACCCAUGGGAACCGUCAGACCUUCCCCCAUGGGAAGACGAGGACGACCGAUGGCCCCAACCCAGAACGUCCCUCCCUUUAGAGCCUCAGUCCGCUCCAACCACACUGCCCUCACCCUCUCACCCCGCCUCUCUCCCCGCCUCACUCACCACCCCUCACCCAAGAUAGGCCAUCGCCCUCCUCUAAGCCACAGGGAGUCGGGAAGGUACCUCCCUGGGAGACCCGUAGGCCGUGGUCAUCCGCUGAUAAAGAGACAGUCUAUUCACGGGCCGGGCAUGGCACCUACCUCUCCCCAACCCUCUCUCAAAUGCUACCCUCCCCUCUCCCCUCACCUCUCCCACCGCCCCUCCUCUCCUCACCCCUCCAUACGUGCUUCCCCCUUACUCCCCUGCGCCCCGUCCCCGGACCCCUACUCUGACUCUUACGCCCAGGACCCCUAUGGCCAUUCAGAGCAGUUUGUUCCCUCCUCCCCAAUGCUGCAGGGGGCGCUCCAGAACCAAACCCUCCGUAACGCGUCAUUCACCUCUCCUCGCUUGCGGCCCAUGUCACCGUAUGCCCAACAGGUACCGGAGUACGCCCAGCCUUCCUCUCCCAUGCUCCAGGGGGCGCUCCAGAACCAACAGCUACGUAAUGCCUCAUACACGUCACCGUUACAACGACCGAUGUCCUCCUAUGGCUCUAUGGGCGGGUACGAUGAACCUCUACCCCCUUCCUCCCCGAUGCUAGGUAAUGCUCUUCAGAACCAGGCGCUACGUGGAGCCUCGUUUGGAAGCCCGGCAUUACAGCGUCGUGGGAACCCGUACGGUCCAGUGGUGACCCAAUACGACUACCACUCCGAGCCCGGCCCCUCCCCUCUACUCCACAAUGCCCUGCAGAACGCCAACAUGACGAACGCCUCCUUUGGAACCCCGAUGCUCCAGCGCCGAGGGGGCAACCCCUUCGGACCCAUUGUCCCUGACUACCACGGAGCGUUGCAGAACCCACAGAUGCGACAGAUGGUUCAAUCCCGGGGUGGCCUCCUUCCGCUCCGUUCCCCCUACGGACCGCUACAACCUGAGCCCCGGUUUGGCAACUCCCUCCAGAACCACAGAGUCCAUGGGACGAUCGUCACAGAUCCACCAAACCUAGCGGCGGCUCUCAUGAACACGGCGCUAAAGACGUCAUCGUACACCUUACCGGACGGUACCAUCGCUAUCGGACCCCAGCAGCAGAAAAAUCCGAACCUCUCGGCGGCAUUAUCGAACCCUUAUCUCAAAUCAGCGUCGUAUACUCUACCAGACGGUACCAUUAUCAUAGACCCCAGGAAACCGGUCUCACCGUCCCUCGGCCGCGCGCUCCAGAACCCAGCGAUGAUGAACACUUCCUACACUCUGCCGGACGGAACCAUUAGAGACCCCAAUGCUCCCAUCUCCCCUAACCUGUCUUCCGCGUUAAACAACCCUCACCUGAAAUCAGCCUCGUAUACGCUCCCUGACGGUUCGAUUAUCAUCGACCCCAGGAAACCCAGAUCUCCGAACCUCCUGGCGGCGUUAUCCAACCCGUACCUGAAGACGAUCUCCUACGAGCUCCCAGACGGUUCUAUAAUCAUCGACCCGCGGAAACCCACCUCGCCCAAUCUGUCCUCGGCACUCCUGAACCCGGCGAUGCGGAAUGCCAGCUACGCCCUAGAAGGAACUGUGAUCACCGAUCCCAACGCUCCGAUCUCUCCGAACCUGUCUUCCGCAUUGAUGAACCCACACCUGAAGUCAGCAUCCUACACGCUACCGGACGGUUCUAUCAUCAUCGACCCACGGAAACCCCGGUCCCCGAACCUGCUGGCAGCUCUACAGAACCCGUAUCUGAAGUCAGUAUCUUACGAACUGCCUGAUGGAAGCGUCAUCAUCGAUCCUCGUAAGCCUCGAGGGCCAGACCUGUCGGGAGCCCUGUCAGGCGCCCUGUCGCAGAACCAGGACCUGAUUAACCAGAAACGGUACCGACUUGGGGACGGAUCCCUUGUGAUCCCUGGGCAAAAGCCCCGCCUCGGCGUCGCCCUGAUGAACCAGAACAUGAGGAAGGUGGACUAUCGUCUAGGUGACAGCGGGGCACUGUCCGUCCGGCCCACCAACCCCAGGCUCUCUGAGGCGCUGCAGGAGAACCGGGACCUCCUGAGCCCAAACCGGUACCGGCUGCCGGAACGCAAUAUGCUGAUGCGGAAGUUUGGGAAUCCGUACCUGGACGAGGCCCUGCAGAACACACAGCACCUCCGUUAUGCAUCGUACAGGUUGGUUACCUGGCUGCAGGGGCAGGAUAACCGCUACGCUGUGGUUCCACCGUACGGGCCGCGAUCUGGCCACUGGGCUGGCAACGCACGCUCCGGCCAGGAGGGGGAUGAUGUCUGGGCCUCCGAGAGGGUUCUACCGCACGGGACCGUGCAGAACCUCACCAAGUGGUCCAUGUACCACGAGGUCAUGGAGUCGGAGGGCAUCACUCCCGCAGCACCGAGAAAACUGGGGGGAACGGGGGAACCGGACUGGAACCCUAAUAGAGAGGGGGAACCCAACAGCUGGUACGAGAAGAUCUACUCCAUCAGGUGUAUCCCUACGGUGCCUCACAGGUUGAAGCCUUGGGCGUACGGCAUGGAAGACAUGACACAGAUGGAGGAGCUGAAUGAGACCACAGUGCUGAUGAAUCUGAAGAAGCGUUACGACCAGGAACUCAUAUAUACAUAUAUAGGUAGUAUCCUGGUCUCGGUGAACCCCUAUAAGAUGUUCAACAUGUACGGGACUGACGUGGUUCUGCAGUAUGAAGGACGCGGAAUAGCAGACAACCCUCC